AUGGGUAUCAAGCCCCUCACAGAUUGGCUGUUGAUUGAGAAAAGCUCAUCUUCUCCUUAUCUUCGACCUGUAAUGCAGGACGUGAGCACACGUGAAUGUCGUGGCCACAAGAGAUACCAGAGUUUUAAGUGGUUUCCACGUGUGUAUCCCUUAACACGUUUGAGCCCGCGCAAACGUUGCUGGAACGGGCAAAGACAGAAGGUUGUUGGCGCAAUUGCCAAGUUGAUCAAAGUGAAAGGUCGGAUGAGUGAAAAGUCCAGCCUGUUCGGAUUACAGUUCAGAGGCAGCCCCUUAUCCUCGCACCCUCGAUGCUCGGAAUUUGUGACGAAGAAAAUGAACAAAUGGGCCGAAGGUUUUGGGUUGGUCUUGUUCCCGGCAGAAGCCUUCCCCGCUGCAUGGGGCCGUUUCAGCUGCGUCCAUCAACCCGGGAGGCUGGCACAAAUGAUCAACUAUCAUUACUGGUGCCAAGCCACAGAAGAUCCAUGUUGGAUGAUGAUCGACCUCAAGCUUUAUUAUGGUAUGCUGAUGAAGCCUUCAGUUGCAGUCGCGAUCAAAGGAUAG